CAGGAUGAAGGAUUCUAAUUACGUGGAAAUGGAGGAGUUCAAGUUGUGGAAAAGUCAUGUCCAGUCACAGGAACUGUAUCUGAAACAUUACCAGCUAGUGUGCGCUGCUAGUGUCGUGAUACUCAUGCAGCUGGGCUUUACUUUCUUAGAGGUGGGGUCAGUGAGAGUACAGUUUACUAAAAGUAUCCUGAUGAAAAACAUGGUAGAUAUGAUCAUAUCAGCUAUCAUGUACUUUGCAGUUGGUUUUGGAUUUGCAUUUGGAGACGGAUCAUCAUCGGGAGGAUUGAUUGGAUCAACAAACUUUUUUCUGAGCUCCAACCAAAACGCUUCUGACAUCCACCACUCUUCAGCAGGUUGGGUGUACCAUUGGUCGUAUUGUGCAACAGCUGCUACAAUAGUAGCUGGUGCGAUAGCGGAGAGGACCCAACUUGUGGCGUACGGAGUGUACUCUAUCAUAGGAUCCACUUUACUCUACCCUGUUAUCACACACUGGAUUUGGAGUCCUACUGGCUGGGCUAGUGCUCUUAAUCCCAAUAGUUUGAUAGCCCCAGUUCUUGACGAUGCGGGAGGUAUUGCAGUUCACACCUGUGCAGGAAUGUGUUCUAUAGUUGCUUGCUUCUUUGUCGGUCCUCGACAACACCGUCUUGACAGGAAGGGAAACUUUGUGAAAGAUUUGCCGAAACAAAACCAAUCGUUCAUCGUGUUCGGUAUGUUCGUUCUGUGGUUUAGUUGGUACGCCUUCAACGCUGGACCUGCUAUCUUAGCCGCGGCAAGUAACGAAUCUCUAAUGGGAAAUAUAGCAGCUUACACAACAAUCUGCGCAGCUUCUAGUGGGGCUACUUACCUCGCCCUGUCCGUUGGCCUCAGAAAGAAGUUGCCGGAGCCGGGCGACCUGUGUAACGGUAUCUUAGCCGGACUAGUAUGCAGUACUAGCGGCUGCUCUGUCAUCAAACCCUACUUUGGCAUUGUGAUAGGAUCGCUGGGAGGUGUGAUAGUGAUGGUCGUGUCAAAGCUAAUGAGGAGGUUCAGGAUUGAUGAUGUAGUGGAUGCUGUGGCGGUACACUUAGGAUGUGGUGUCUGGAGUGCUCUCAGUGCUCCUUUAUUCGCUGAAACAGUCUUAAACACUGACGAGGGGUUGAAGUAUGCGUACAAAUCGUGUGGUGUAUUCACAGGAUGCAGUGAAGGAUGGAAGUACCUAGGUAGUAACGUGUUGUUGACACUUCUGACAAUAAUCUACGUUACUGCUAUCGUUACUCCCACUUGCUUCAUUCUCAGACAAUGCAAGAUACUCAGAAUAAAGGUUGAGAGUGAAAGACACGGAGUAGAUAUUGUUGAAUUUGAGGGACCGGCCUACAAUAAUGACAUGAAGAGUCGUAGAUCAAAACUGUUCAAUGACGUCAAACAUGCCAGUCCUAGAAUUGGGAUGCCUCAUGGGGAUGGGACCUGCUGAAUUACCAUUUUACUAUUCAGGAUUUUCUCUUUGAGUAAUAAUUUUAUAAUAUCGUUGUUGUGUUAAUUUAUUUGUAAAAAGCGCACAGCUGUUGGAACCCAUUUCAGAUAAAUACGUUUUUUCGUAACUUCAGGAACUUUUUUUAUACUUGAUCGAAUAUUUAUGAAAUUGUUGAAAUUCUAAUUUGAUUUUUAGUCUCUUUUAGCAUAAAUAAAGUAUUAACGUUAUCAGCUUUUGGAUUAUUGAAUUGAUCUUUUUCUUCAAAUUUUAUCGAUCGUUUUCAAUAUGUACUCAAAGGAUAGUUAUUGUUCUCUGCCUACGCAGUUAAAUACCUCCUUGCUAUAAUAGUGUAUAGUAAUUUGUAUCACUGUAAUUAAUUUGAUUUAUAAUUUUGA